AUGGCCCAGGAGAAGAUGGCAGAGGUGCAAGAAGACUCCAUGAUGUUCUCUGAUGACAUUUUUUUCAUUGAGCCAAUGGAGGGAGAAAUCGGGCCGAAUAGUUCGGCCGGAAUCAGAGUGACCUUUAAACCCCUGGACGUACUGGGGUACCAAAGUAUGGCUUACCUCAGCAUCUCAGGCCGUGAGAGCAGGCUGCCCCUGCGCCUCAGAGGGGAAGGCCAAGGACCCUUGGUCGAGUUCAGCUCUCAUACACUGAACAUUGGGAAUGUUUUUGUCAACUCUUCCCACAUCCAUGAGGUGGAACUGAUUAACGAAGGAGCUCUUGAUGCUCCCUUCAUCUAUAUCCCUUCAACCACCAACAUGGGCUCCUGCUUCAAGUUUGAGCCCGAGGAGGGGAUCAUUGCAGCAGGUGGGAACCAGACUAUUCAGAUCUCCUUCAGUGCCACCGUGCUGGGGAGCCUUGAGGAGGAGUUCCAGUUCAGUGUGGCUGGAUCUCCUAUGCCUGCCAUCCUGACCAUCAAGGGCAGCGUCACCGUGCCAAGCUUAGAGUUCGAUGUCGAUGAGAUCAACUUCGGCGAGAUCCCCUUUGGCUUUCCCUACACGCAGCGCUGCCGCCUCACCAACAGCUCCCCGGUGCCCCUGACGUUCCAGCUCCGCAUGUCGGACGAUGGCACGCAGCCGGCUGUGGACAGCCUGGAUCAGAUCCGCAGAGAAGGUGACCCAUCCUGGAGGAACGGAAUUCAUUUCUAUCUGGAGCCCAAGGAGUUCACCAUCAAUCCCAGCCAGGGCACCAUCCUCCCCCAGGGACACCAGGACAUCGAGGUGACCCUGUGUUCCAACAGCGUGGUGGAUUUCUACCGGAGAAUGCUGGUGGACCUGGAGGGUUUUGGCAAGGGAGUGACAGCCCUGGUCAUCACAGCCAGGUACCAGCCCUUGCCUGGCCUCCCCCGGGCACUGCCUUGCCCAGGCUGGGCUGGCUGCAGCUGCCAAGGAGAAGUGCUGCUGAAUGCCCUCAUGUUGUGCCAGCUGGACACGAGAACAGCAGUGCUUGGGCAGCAGCCUGUGGUGAAAAGCACCCCUGCUCAUAGCCCAGCACAGUCCUGAGCCUUUUUCUAAAGGGAUCAGGAAUGAUAUUUUUAUUGGCCUGGGGUUUGUUCCUUGGGGUAGAACAAAUUUCCCAAGGGCCUUCUCUCCUUCCUGCAAGAGGAGGAGUUGUGCUGGUUGUGAGCACCGUGCACUGGUUUGGGCCACACCAGGCAGCCUGCUGAGAGUCAGGGUCUGGUUCUGUUAAUGACAGCACGUGACAAGGGAAAGUGGCUCACAGAAACAGUGGUGAGUGCAAGAUCUUAUGAGGGGACAGCAGCCCUUGAUGGGGCAGGUCAGAUCCAGUUUUUCUCCUUCCCUGUGCUUCCUAUUUUGAACUUUAAUGUUCUCAGACUUAAACCAAAAGUCGUUGUUGCUGCAGCAGAAUUCCAUGCAGAGGGCAGUCCAUCUGAUAUU